UCAAGAUGGUUCUUUUGUUGGUUACACUGCUUCUCCUUCCUCAGGGAUAUAUGUUGGUCCCGGUGAAAACAGUUGCCCUCGGUCAACCAGCAACUUUGAAAUGCCCAUUACCAGCUGGUAAGCUGAACGUCAAUGAAGUCCACUGGUACAAACAGAGUACAGGGGAUACUCUUACAUUGAUUGUGAGGCUGCGGAAGCAUGCAGUCCCUGCAUUUGCGCAGGAAUUUUCUUCCUCACGAAUGAUUGCAUCAAAAAAUGAGACUCUUAUCAGACUGACAAUACUGAGAACUGUUCCAGAAGAUGAAGGAAUGUAUCACUGUGCUAUCAUCGACUGGACAGAAAGCGUUUGGCAUGGGACCUAUUUGUAUUUAAAAGAAAAAGCUGAGAGGACAUCAAAGCACACUAUAGUUGAACAGCUGACGGCAGCAGAUUCUCACCUUCCAGGAGGCUCUGUGACUUUACAGUGUUCAGUCUUUUCUAAUCCUGACAAGAUGUGUCCAGAAGACUUCAGCGUAUUCUGGUUCAGAGCCAGAUCACACGACUCCAAUCCACAUAUAAUUUACGUAGAUGGAAACAAGCAUGAUGACUGCAAUAAGAGAAAUGACUCUCAGAGGAGAUGUACAUUUUCUAAAACCAUCAGCUCCAUUGACCACGAUACUUACUACUGCGCUGUGGCCACAUGUGGAGAAAUCAUCAUUGGAAAGGAAAUAAAAGCCAAAGUUCAAGGGUUCAGCUUGUGGUUCCAAGAUACCAACAAAUUUGUUCUUCCAUUCUGCGCAGUUUUAGCUUUAAGUCUUAUUUCAACAGUUGCCCUGAUAUUCUCCAUUAGCACAAGCAAGUAUAUGGACAACAAAGGUAAUACAAGUUAACAGUUCAUUUCUGUGUAAAAGAGCAUCAUUCCUAUUAAUAUAUAUUUUUGUUCCAAAAAACAGCUGGGGUUGACCUACACAAGUACUAUAGUCGUAGACAGGGGGUUGAAUAUGGACACAUGUACUCUGUGGUUGUCUUCAGCAUAAGAAACCAGAAAGUGGAUCCCUAAAACAACCAUAAAGACAGAAAGUUCACACAAAUCACAGUUUUUGGACUUGAGAUCUUUGGUGUUGCCUGUAACUAAAAAAAUGAAUAGAUACUUGUUUAGAUCACAUUGCUUAGUAAAAUAAAGAGAACUGUGAAUAAAAUAAGAGCUAUUAUAUUUCAACUGUAUGCUAAACACAGUGUGUUGGUGUUUUUAUAAAUAAGUUUUUGUCUUUGUAAGAAAAUAUUUAGAGUACAAGGUUUUUUUUUGUCUUUUAAUAGAGCUGCCUACUUGGAGGAUACUUGAAAUGUAAUGUUUGUUCAAAAUUUUGUCCAGGUCUUUAUGUCAUUUCU